AUGCUGCAGCGCUACAACUGGCGCUGGACAGUGCAGCGUUGGUUUCUAGGCUGCCUGCUCUGUAAAGACACCCACGACGUCAGCGCUGUACCCCCCGACGAGUACGCGACUCGACUGGCAGACUUUGUACGUGAGAAGCUGUUCGACAUCCAGGAAAACACCAGCGGACCGAGCUUCCGAAAUGUCCAUAGCAGGAACAUCCAGAGCGAUCAUACGGGAGAAAGUGGCUACAGCGGCAUAUCUUCUCGAGAUGCGUCGUCGCCUCCCACGUCGAUGAGUGUUGGAAUCUUAGAGUCCAGCGACAUCCCGUCGAUUGAGAUGCAGCGUCUGUCCGUGAUUUCAGCCUGUUCGCUGGACGCCAUAGGCAUCGAGCCGUCGUCUUUGUCCUCGUCUCCGUCGGUCGCGUAUUCGUCCGUAUGUGAAAGUCCCAUAGAGGUGCCGGAAACCCGUAAGACCACCAUGUUCUUCGUCUGA